UGCAAAUGAGCGUCGCGGCCGCGCGUUGUGUGUGCGCAGCCGGUCCGGGCCUGCAGACGGCUGUGUGUCAGUGAAAGAGAGUAGGGUGUGGGCCCCGGAGCUUGUACUAUUGGCAGGCGACGUUCGAGAAAAGGGGACUCGGAGUAUUACAGUGAAAAUAUCUACGGAGUGCAAGCAACAAGGCUAAAGGAAAAGGACGGGAGGGAAGGACCCAGGGCUGGGAAGGGGGUGGGAAUGAAGAUGGCGGACGCCAAGCAGAAGAGGAACGAACAGCUGAAGCGCUGGAUCGGCUCUGAGACUGACUUGGAGCCGCACGUCAUCAAGCGGAAGAAGACCAAGGUAAAAUUCGACGAUGGAGCCGUCUUCCUGGCUGCCUGUUCCAGCGGAGACAGCGAGGAGGUGCUCAAGCUGCUGGACCGUGGGGCUGACAUAAACUACGCAAAUGUAGACGGACUCACCGCCCUGCAUCAGGCCUGCAUUGACGAUAACCUGGAUAUGGUCAAGUUUCUUGUGGAGAAUGGAGCCAGUAUUAAUCAACCAGAUAAUGAAGGCUGGAUACCACUGCAUGCUGCUGCUUCCUGUGGAUAUCUUGACAUAGCAGAAUAUUUAAUUAGUCGAGGAGCUAAUGUAGGGGCAGUAAAUAGUGAAGGAGACACUCCACUAGACAUUGCUGAGGAAGAGCCCAUGGAAGAACUCCUUCAGAAUGAAGUAAAUCGGCAAGGUAUCGAUGUUGAGGCAGCUAGAAAAGAGGAGGAAAGGAUUAUGCUUCGAGAUGCAAGACAGUGGCUGAAUAGUGGCCAUAUAAAUGAUGCCAGACACCCAAAAUCAGGAGGUACAGCACUCCAUGUUGCUGCUGCUAAAGGUUAUGCAGAGGUUUUAAAGCUUUUAAUUCAAGCCGGUUAUGAUGUUAAUAUUAAAGAUUUUGACGGUUGGACACCGCUCCAUGCUGCGGCUCACUGGGGCAAAGAAGAGGCUUGUAGAAUACUUGUAGAAAACUUUUGUGACAUAGACGCCAUUAACAAAGUGGGUCAAACUGCUUUUGAUGUUGCUGACGAAGAUAUUUUAGGCUAUUUGGAAGAACUGCAAAAGAAGCAGAAUCUGCUCCUAAAUGAUAAACAAGAUAAGUCGCCGCUAAUCGAGUCUUCUACUACAGAAAACAACCAGUCUUUGAAAACACUGAAAAACAAAGAAACUUUGAUUAUUGAGCCUGAAAAGACUGUGAGUACCAUCGAGUCACUUGAGCAAGAGAAAGCUGAUAAUGAGGAUGAAGGGAAGAAAGAUGAAUCUAGUUGCUCUAGUGAAGAAGAGGAGGAGGAAGACUCAGAGUCUGAGGCAGAAACUGAUAAAACCAAACCUUCAGCACUUGUAAACAGUACAAGCAGCAGCAGCACACAGCUGACGACUGUCACAACUCCAACACCUACAGUCCCAUCUGGUCAAGUCACACCUACAUCACCAGUGAAAAAGUUCCCUACUCUGGCAAACAAAGUUUCUCCUAAAGAGGAGGAACGGAAAGACGAGUCUCCGGCCUCUUGGCGUUUAGGACUGCGUAAAACCGGAAGCUAUGGUGCUUUAUCUGAGAUAACUGCUUCCAAGGAAGGUCAAAAGGAAAGGGAUUUCACUGGAGUCAUGCGCUCAGCCUCAAGUCCCAGACUUUCAUCUUCUUUAGACAAUAAAGAAAAGGAGAAAGAUGGUAGAGGUACAAGGUUUGCAUAUGUAGCUCCAACAAUACCAAGGCGUCUUGCAAGUACCUCAGAUAUUGAAGAAAAAGAAAACAGGGAUUCUUAUUUUGGCUUCUUGCGCAGUGGUGGGUCUUACACCAGGCGAAAAUGGGAUGACGAUCUGAAAAAGAAUAGUUCCGUUAAUGAACUCUUGAACACAAGUUAUCAACGAAGUAGCUCUUUUGGUAGAAGACAAGACGAUUUGAUUAGUUCUAGUGUAUCGAGUACUACUUCUGGGUCUACACCAUCAGUUACCUCUUCUGGACUUACAAGGAGUCUUUCUAGCACUAUUGGCACUACCAGGUAUUCAGUUGGCUCUUCUGGUUUAAGCAGCGCCUCAAACCGUUUAUGGGCAGACGAUAGUUCUGAAAAAGACAAGGACAGUGUCCCUACGGCAGUCACCAUUCCUGUUGCACCAACUGUUGUAAAUCCCACCACUACUUUAACCACAGUGACCACAACUUCCACUGGCACUGUUCCUUCCUCAGCGGAAGUCAGGGAAAGGCGCAGGUCAUAUCUCACUCCAGUUCGUGAUGAAGAAUCAGAGUCCCAAAGAAAAGCUAGAUCAAGGCAAGCCAGACAGUCCAGGAGAUCAACCCAGGGUGUAACAUUAACAGACCUUCAAGAGGCAGAGAAAACAAUUGGUAGAUCCCGCCCCAUCCAGACUAGGGAACAAGAAAGCGAAGAAAAAGAAAAGCAAGACAAAGAAAAGCAAGAAGACAAAAAAGAAUCUGAAACCAAGAAUGAUGACUAUAGGCCAAGAUAUUCCAGAAGUAUAGAAGAUACUUUGCGAAGUAGACCGCUUUCAUCAAGCACCACUACAUCUACACCAUCCCUGUCCUCCGGUAGUUCUCUUUACACGUCUAGUCAACUGAAUCGACCCAAUAGCCUUACUGGUGUAUCUUCUUCUUAUUUAAACUACUCAAGGAUUUCAUCAAGGGAUUCUGAGAAAGAUGGUGAAAAGAAAGAAGAUGAAAGAGACUCUGAGGAUAAAUCUCAAUCUAAAUCAAUUAGAGAAAGGCGACGACCUAGGGAAAAGAGAAGAUCAACAGGAGUUUCCUUUUGGACUCAGGAUAGUGACGAAAAUGAGCAAGACCAUCAAUCUGAUGCAGAGGAGGAAACUUACGGAAAAGAUAGUCAAGUUGAUACCCUUUCAAGGUACACCACUGGACAUGCAAGUUCUAUCAGUGACCGUUAUGAUCACAUCAUUGGCCAAUCUGGACCUUCCAGUUACUCGGAAACCAGAAGACUUUAUCAUAGUAGACUAGAUAAAGAUUCAACAGAUUUUAAAAAGAUGUAUGAACAGAUUAUAGUGGAAAAUGAAAAACUGAAGGCCCAGUUGCAUGACACCAACUUGGAACUAACGGAGCUCAAGUUACAGCUUGAAAAAGCAACUCAGAGACAAGAGCGAUAUGCUGACAGAUCUCUCUUAGAAAUUGAGAAAAGGGAAAGACGAGCCCUGGAGAGACGGAUCUCUGAAAUGGAAGAAGAACUUAAAAUGCUACCUGACCUGAAAGCAGACAACCAGAGGCUAAAAGAUGAAAACGGGGCCUUAAUCAGAGUUAUCAGCAAACUUUCCAAAUAAUCCAAGGUCUACGGCAGCAGCGACUUGGCAUUGCACAUCUGUAACUCCGGGGGAACACCACGUGGCGCUCACUGGACUUUGAGGGAAUGUACCUUGGCAACGCUAACAAUCCUGCCAAACUCCCUCUUACCUGUAACUUCCCCCCUCGUUUUUGUACAAAGAAAAGAAAAACAUUGUUUUGUAUUAAAGCGCAGCUGCUGAGAAGUGAAACGACUAUGAAUUCUUGUUUACAGUUACAACGUGCAAGGAAAAUGUUCAAGGCAGACGCCUCCAAUAUUUAACCAGUAAGCCUUAGCUGUACAUAAACCUUUUGCAAUCAAAAUGCUUUCUGCUACCACGGAAGAGAGUUACAACACCGUAUUUUUUUUUGUUUUUGUGCCACAAACUUCCAUUUCUUCCCUCCCACGUUCUUUUUACUUUUUAUGUAUUUUUUGUUGAUAUUUUAACUCUAAAAUGCGUGCCAGUGUUUUUCUUAAUGCGCUGCAGAUGCCGCUUGUUGCUUGCUGUAACACCAGCUCCCCUAGGCUAUCCGUGGCUGCUCUGGUAAUUACUAUAGGCGGCUGUCUUCAUUGUGCAAUAUGCAUUUAUUUCCUAUACAAGAAGCUAGCACCAUGUUUUCCUUCCCGUUAUCACGUUUUAAGAUCCUUUGCAGAAUGCUUUAUUCUUCACCCUCAUUUUUAGCAGGUACUGACUGUGUGUGUGUGUGUAUAUAUUUGUGUGCGUGUGUAUAUAACUAUAUAUAGAUAUCCCAGAUGAUAUCUAAGUAUAAGUAUAUAUGCUGGACCUGUAUUAUUUCCAGACCACUGUGUGGCAUGCUCAAAAUGUCCCUCUCUGCAACGUCUGUUACUCCUAUAUAGUGAUCUUAAUAAAGCUCAGUAAUUUUAUGGUAUAUUGUCUUUUUUAUGGAGGCGUAACUUUAGAGCUAUUAUUGUAAAGUAUUCCGAUUUGUUUUCAUUUUAAGUCACAGAUUAUUAAAUGUAUGUAACUGUUUUCACUACAUUUCAUGUUUCUUUUGAGUGCUGUCCAUAUGAUUUGUGCUAGCCAGGUUGGUGUCACUAAGCUUACCCCCUAACGCACUCUUUAACAGCAUAUGCACUGUUGCCAUGUCAGAAGGCAUGUAAUGUAAUACACCACCAUAUCCGUUUUCUACAUUUCAGUGGCCUUUUUUUUCUGAAAUUAACAACUAUUCUAAAUAUGUAUGUGUAUACGGCUAAGUGAGCAUUGUUUUUGUUAGAGACGGCUUUUUUUUAUAUAUAUUUUCACUGAUCCAUGAAAGACGAUGGCUUAUUACUGGCACAUAAACUAUCUAAUCCAUUGAAAACCGCUCAACAGAUUAAAAAUGUAAAUUGUAAAGCUUGCUCCAGCUUAUUGUAUUGUUGAUUAUAUUGUAUACUAUAUUAAAUGUGAAUUUGUACCCCUUUCAUUUACAGAAAAAGGUCAUUGUGAUCAACUGCCUAUUUUUAAUUUGUGGGUUUUCCUUUUUGGCAAUCCAAACUUGCUGUUGUCUUUUUGGUUUCUCAGUUUUCUGGAGAUACAUGGUCUUGCUCGUACUGCCAAGCUCAGGAUUCUUGAUAUAUAUAUAUUUUUAAGGUACAGCGGCAUUUGUGGGAGUUACUGUGUUUAUUUUGAUAUGUAUGCGGCAUGUUAAGAAGUUGCAUCAAAUAACGCAAAGUCAAAACUGUUCAACAAACCGUUGCAAAAUUCUGUUUCUGCAACGUAUGUGAUGCAAGUUAAAUUUUGUGGAUUAUAUUUGGCAAAAAUUGGGGUGUCUGUGGGGUAUGAUUAAAUAUUUCUAAUUUAGUAUUUUAUAUCUAGGUUAUUUAUUUAUCAGAAACAGAUUGGUUACUGUGCUACAUAGGGUUUUAUUGGUAGUACAGAGCAGGCUUUGUAUCUGCAUGAAACUAGUUAAAAACCUAAUCUUUCCAUGGAAGAAAUGUAUUUUGACAUAUACGAAUAAAAAUGAAUAAAACUUU